AUGGGGUGGCCGGGAGUGGGGUUGGCAAGAUCCUGGGGUGCAGGACAGGGGGUGACAGGGACCCCGGGGUGGCCGGGACCCCGGGGUGACAGGGACUGGGGGGACAGGGACUCCGGGGUGCAGGUUAUGGGGUGGCUGGGACCCCGGGGUGACGUGUAUGGGGUGGCCGGGAGUGGGGUUGGCAAGAUCCUGGGGUGCAGGACAGGGGGUGACAGGGACCCCGGGGUGGCCGGGACCCCGGGGUGA